AUGGUUUAUGCAUCCACGAGUUCACCCCAGGCUCUUAUCGACCCUCUGUCCGCUGCCCAUUACUUCUUGCCCUACCAGGCCGCCACUAUUCCUGGUCUCACCCUGCGCGCCAAAUUCACCAGGUACUCGGAUGACAGCGUCAACGCUCCGGCAGAAGGCACGCCCGUGGUGUCGCUCGUCCUUGCCAUAGGCUUGGGUCUAGCUUCGGAGCUCUGGAUACCUUUCAUACACCGGAUAUACGAGAUUCAGAGGAGGAAGGAAGGGCGUACGUUUCAAAUCAUGUCCAUAUGGACCAUCGAUUUCGCCAAUCACGGAGGCGCCGCCGUACUGAACGCAGAGGCCCUCACGACCCACUUUUCUGAACGGUUUCCCACAUCAGAGAAAACAAUCGCCGUUGAUUCUUUCUUGAGCUCAAGCCUUCUCUCGGCCGUCGAAAAGGCCAAUCUUGUCGCGGUAGGCCAUUCGGGCGGCGGAGGCGGGGCAUUUUGGUCAACUCUUGGCAUGACUCCUGGUCAAACAUCGCCUUUCAAAACGGUGAUACUCGUCGAACCGCCGACAUUCAGCCAAGAUGAUCUUCCAAUCUUCAACGCUGUUGUGCGAGCAAUUGCAAAGUUCAAUCGUAUGAAGCCCGAUUUCUGGGAGAAUGUCGACGAGGCGAUGGAGUUCGUAAGGACAUUUCCACCCGGGUCGUCCUUCCAUGAAGAUGUACUGGCCGUCAUGAAGGAAACCAACUUCCGACCCGAUACCCGCGAGAUCGACGGCCAUCAAGUCGCGGGUGUUACGACAAUUAUGCCUAUCGCGCAGGAAACAGCAUCAUUUCAUAAGAACGGCGAGACUAGCAUAUGGAUCUGGAAUCACAUGAAAAAUGUUUCGCUGCCGAACUCGCUCUUCAGGUUACAUGUCAUCAUAGGUUCCACACCCGGAUUUGGGCCCAAAGCGCUUGCCGAUUCAGUCUCCAACGAGAUAUUCUCGAACAAAGAGCUGUUUGCAUCGCUCUCCACAAUACAGGACACCGAUCACUAUGUACCUCAGGAGAAGCCAUAUGAACUCGCAGCUCGUAUAUACGAGAUCCUUCAACAGGAGUCCCGCCGAGAGGUGGCCCGGCUAUGA